AGAAAAAUAAAUGAGAAACAUUUUUCGAGGUACGAGUACACGUGAAGAGUUGUGUCCAAAUUUAGCGUCAUAGAAGAUUCCAAGAUGUGGCACUUACUGGGACAACUCUCGGACUUCUUAGCCCCACACAGCGAUCUCUUGAAGCAUAUUGCCGUUAUCCUUACUUGCAUACAACUCGCCGCCGGACUUCGUGCUGUCUACGAAGUGAAGAUCAAUCAGAGCAGCGAUAUAUACGAGCCUGAAGGCUUUCUGGGUGCCCUCAUAUUGACGGCUCUAGGUCUGCGGAUGGCCACACUAAACGGGGAUGUGACGAUGGUACGGAUUAAUAGUACAGGACUGGUAUUGAAUGUGACAUUUAUGGCGCUCUUCUAUUGGUACGCCUCGCCGGCGAAAAAGAUGCUCAUACGUCGCAAAUUAUAUAUAGUGGCCUUCCUGAUAGCCGCCUUUGUGGGAUACUCCUUGUUUGAGGAUCCAGAGGCCAUUAGGUUUCGUCUGACCAUCAUUAUGACGACCACACUACUGACUGUUGUUCUGCUGCCGCUGCUGAAAAUCGGAGAGGAUUGGGAGAGACAGAAUGUGCGAUUCUCGAAUCUUUUGUGCGGCACACUUGUCACUGUGGCCUGGACCCUCUAUUCAUUGGCUAUUAGGAACCUCUCGCUGAUUUAUCAAAACCUUUUGCUGCUAAUACUGGAUCUACUCGAAAUCCUACUCUUCUUUGUCUAUCGUCGCAGGAACAUGUUUCCCGCCUCUGCCUCCGCCUCCGUUUCCGCCUCCGCUUCCUCUACCGAUGUGGUGGCCGUCCGGAGUGUUUCCACAAAUGUCUCCUUGGCCAUCUGCGCCCGCUGUCGCUCAUCGACCCAUUAACCCUAAAUGGUUGUUCUUAUUUAACAUACACUAAGGUUGUUCUUUAAAACUGUCUCUGUUUGAUCCCCAAGUACAAAAUUCUCAGCUUA